AUGGCAGCUGUGAGUUUGCGAAGCAAAUUGCGCCCACCAUGGACGUGGACUAGCAUCGGUAUAGGAUACAUUAUUGUACUGGGCUAUGUGUUGCAGUUUGCCAUAAGUGCACAUGUACCGGCCGCAUUGAUGGCACAGUCGGAUGGAGCAGUUGCAAUUAUUGCCAGGAUACAGCCGACGUACGAUGACUUGCAGGUAGCUGGCUCAGAGAAGGAUGAGAAAAAGGUAGAGGAAGAAGAAGCAGAGGAGGAGGAAGAAAAGGAGGAGUCGUAUGAGGAGAAAUCUGUGGAAGAAAAGCAUAGUGAACAUAAAAAGAAGAAGGGUGAGAAGGGUAAGAAAGGGCACAAGGAGGAGGAGCACCAUGAGAAGGGCGAGAAGGGACAUCACGAUAAGGAGGGUAAAAAAGGUGAGAAGGAGGAGGAGCAUGGACAUGAAAAGAAACAUAAAAAAGAUGAAGGCCACCACAAGAAACACAAGAAGGGUAAAAAGGGCGAGAAAGGACAUGAAUUCGAAGAUCACGGCUCAUACAAGAAGGGCCAUUCCAUUAAGGGCAAACAUCAUGUGCACAAGUUGAACGAGGAUAAAAAGGAGAAAAAGUACUAUGACGAACACCAUGACGAAGGUGAAGAAGAGAAACAUGGCGGCUUUGAAGAGGUGAAGAAACACAAAAAAGGUGGUCACCAUAAAAAGGGCGGCCAUAAGAAAGGCGCACACGAGGAUGAGUAUGGCAAGAAAGGACACAGUAAGAAAGGCCACAAGAAGAAGGGACAUAAGGGACAUAAAAAGGAGCAUGAAGAGAAGAAGAAGUGGGGCGAAGAACAUGAGGGCGGUAAAAAGAAGGGCAAAGAGGAGAAAAAGAAAUGGAAGAAGUCGGAGAAGAAGGAGAGCAGCAGCAGCAGUGAUGGUGGCCAUGGACACGAGUGGUAAAUGUAAGUGGCCGUUUGCUAUGACAGCAGCGGU